ACCAAUAAACACUGUCUCUAGUCACUCUAUAAAAAUGCCAAUUGUGGAAGAAUCAUCGGAAGUUAAAAGCUCCACUUCCUUCAACAUUUUGGAAGCACUUUUUGGCUCAACAAAACAAGUUGAAGAAUCCUCAGAACCAAAGAUCACUACCUCGAAAGAAAGUCACGAGCAGAGCCCAGUCGAUCAGUCGCUUUCUUGGCAGACAACAUCCAGCGUAUUCGAUAAAAGAAGCUCCUUGCGCCCAAGAGCUCGGCGAGUUUCUAGCUUGCAGCGUGAUUCCCUCAUGGUUCAAAAUCUCCGAAAAAUUAGUGUCAAACCGUUUGAUUCGCCAAGUGCCGUCACUCUAUCACUGCAGCCAGAAUUUCAUGACCCGGAAGUGUUGGAAGAACUGCGACGCAGACAUCAGAAAACAUCGGAGGAGUUUUACAAGUCUAUGAUAAAUGUGCACACUAAACUGUCGAAAUUUGGCCUGAUGACUGUAGACAAAUUCAGAAAACCAGUAUCCCAGGAGUCUUUUGAACCGCUACUCAACCAGAUAACGAAUGCUCGAGCUACUCUAUCUAAACAACGUCAGAAAUUGAUAAAAAUGUUUCGACAGUUGGAGGUAUUGAACCGGCUGGAUUCGGAACUGGAUCAUCAAAUCCAAAAUAUACGCUUCGAGGAUCUACAUGAUCUGCAGGUCGAAGUGGCUCGCACUGGUGAGAAGAUUGACGAAACCAACAAGCAAAUGGCCAAGGCGCGAAAGCAGUACGAAAGUGACAUUUUAAAAGCAGCUCACGUUCGUGAGAAAUGGUUUGCUUUCCAAAACAAAAUUCUGGGUAAAUUAGAUGAUUUGUCUGAAGUGGAAUGUCGUAUACGAGAAAGUCGCGUUUUGUUGUGUGAAUUGUUGCGUCGAAAGCAAGCGUUGCGUGAGGAACGUUUGCAGUUGAAGAAAGAUUGUAGGAUGAUCGAGAAUGAACCACUUUUAAGAAAAUACGAUCAGAUUGUUAAUACGAUUCAAGCUAUUGAGCAGUACAAAAAGAAAAUCAAAAGUCUUUGAGAGGCUUAGGCACUCAAGUCCCUUUGUCAUGCGGCAAUCUCAAAACUACUGUUCCAUACAAUUGAUGAUAAAGCCAGAAAUGAGGAAAUCGAUCAAUCUUAUGGUUUCAUUCAGUUUCCAUUGUCAAGUCAUUCCUAUCUUAAUUAGGGCAUCUAUGAGAUCGCUCCCGCCAACAGUUUGGUCGGUUGCUCUGUUUUUCAUGCGGAAUCGCCUCGAAUUAGAACACAAUUAUGACCGCUCGGCUCAAUGGAGGGUGAAAAUUGCACUUUCAACACGUUUUGCCAUCUCCCCUUAAGAAGCAGAACGUUUUCUUCUUUUUUUUUGUUAUGUUCGAAACUCUAGCGAAACGUGCCCAGUCACUGUCGGUCGCCUCCUGCCACCCAGCAACGUUUGAGUGAUGGUUCGGUUCGGAAGCAGAAUCAAAACAAAGAGAACGCUUCGGUCUUAGGUUCAUCAUACCAUGCCGAUAAAUA